UAAUAUUGAUAAAACAUUGUUACAUAAUAUUGUUUAUUCUUCGGUGAGGUUCAACGUUUUCCUGUUGACUGUUACAUCAAAUAUGAUUUUCAAAUUGCGAUUUUUUUUUAUUUCAUUUUAAAUAGGUAGAUAUAAUUAAGACGUGUUCAAUAACACAUCGAACUAUUUAUGAUGGACCGCGAUAUUUCACCUGUCAAACGGAAUCCUCCUGGAAAAUUUGUUGGUGUUCGACAAAAGCUAAUAAUUAUCAAUUUCUAUAAAAAUUUAAUGUUUGAGCAGCAGAACAUAGAAGAGAGUAAAAAAAUGAAGUAUAAGGACAUCAUCAAAACAAUCUCAAAAACGAGUGGUGUUGGUCAAAGAACAGUGGGAAGUACACUGGCAGAAUACAAAACUAAAGGUACGAUUUCAUCGCCAAAUAAAAAAAAAGAGGAAGACAGCGAUAGAAAAAUCAGAAGAUUUUGGCCAAAACGUCAUUAGACAGAAAGUUCAUAGUUUUUGGUUAA